UGAGUUGAAUGUGGCAGCUGGUAGAAAAGAAUCCAGAAGCAGCAAUAGUAUUAUUUUGGAAGGCCAUCAAUGCCGGUGACAGAGUCGACAGUGCACUAAAAGACAUGGCCGUCGUGAUGAAGCAACUCAACAGAAGCGAAGAAGCCAUUGAGGCUAUCAAGUCUUUCAGGUCACGUUGCUCUAAACAAGCACAGGAGUCACUUGACAAUGUUCUCAUUGACUUGUACAAGAAAUGUGGAAAAGUAGACGAGCAGAUCGAGUUAAUAAAACGAAAGCUAAGAUUAAUAUGCCAGGGAGAGAUCUUCAGUGGAAAACCGACCAAGACUGCUCGUUCCCAUGGGAAGAAGUUUCAAGUCUCUGUUAAGCAAGAAACCUCAAGAUUAAUGGUAUCAUUUUCAUUUUUGCUUGACAAUUAG